CUGCCCACAACAUUUUUAUAUAGUUAUUGAUAAGAAACAGAUUUUUACCUUUGGAACUCCCUCGAAUAUCUUCUUCUGUACGCCUAUUCUUAGGGCGACGCGCACGCCGGCGUCAUGAUUUCUUUCCCUAAGCUCGCGAACCCAUCUCCGCAUCUCCGCCAGGUCUAUCAUCACAAUGUCAGGACCGUGAGGACUUCGCUUCUUUCAGAGCUCUCGGGAUCGCUCGGAGACUUGGGGACUCUUCUUCCUCUUAUGACGGCCUUGGUUAUCACGGGAUCCAUUUCUUUGCCCGCGACGCUUCUGUUCACGGGCGCAGCGAACAUGCUGACGGGCACCGCGUUUGGCAUACCACUACCAGUCCAACCUAUGAAGGCCAUCGCAGCAGUCGCAAUAGCUCAGAAAUUCACCAUCGAGGAGAACGCGGCAGCAGGACUCGUGGUGGCUACUUUGGUGGGCAUCUUGAGUGUCACGGGUUUGAUCAACUGGGCGAACCGCGUGACGCCAGUACCCGUGGUAAAAGGCAUCCAAGUUGGAGCUGGAUUAUCUCUCUGUUUGAGCGCUGGAUCUUCUCUUUUGGCACCACUUGGAUGGACUGGACCGUGGUGGGGAGACAAUCUUCUAUGGGCCAUCGCAGCAGCCUUGUUCCUCCUACUCACAUUGGCAUAUCCAAAACUUCCCUACGCCAUCAUCGUCUUCACCAUCGGAAUCAUACUCUCCCUCUUGUCUCCAACCAGCAACUCCCAACCUCCCACCCCCUCCCACUCCAUCCCCAUCGUCCACCCAUCCGCCCACGAUUUCUGGAAAGCCACCACCACCGCCUCCCUCGGCCAACUCCCCCUCACCCUCCUCAACUCCGUCAUCGCCGUCUCCGCCCUCGCCAGCGACCUCCUCCCCUCCCCACCGUACCCGCCAACCCCCAGCGUAACCCAAAUCGGGACCUCCGUCUCGCUCUUCAACCUCAUCGGCUGCUGGUUCGGCGCGAUGCCCGUGUGCCACGGGUCCGGCGGUCUCGCCGGCCAAUUCCGCUUCGGGGCCCGCAGCGGCGCGAGCAUCAUCUUCCUAGGCGCGCUCAAGUUCUCCCUCGGGCUCGCCGCCUUCUUCCACCCAUCCGCGAUCGUCGGCGUCCUCGCCGGAAUCCCAAAGUCCAUCCUCGGGAUCCUAGUCCUCGCCGCGGGGAUCGAACUCGCGAAGGUCGGCGAGAGCGUCAACACGGACGCGCGGGACCUCCGCGUGCUGAACGUUGAUCGCAGCUGGGACGGGAAGCGCGUGAAGACGCUCGACGAGCAGGAGAAGAAGGAUAGGUGGGCUGUCAUGCUUGUCACGGUCGCCGCGCUGUUGGCGUUUAAGAACGAUGCUGUGGGGUUUGUGGCGGGGUUGUGCUGGAGUGGUGGGAUUGUGGCGGCGAGGAGGGUGGAGGUUUGGAGGGCGGAGAGGCAGGGGAGGCCGUUUUGGAGGGGGAGUGUGAAUGGGAGGGAGGAGGUGUCGGCGUUGUUGGAACAUGAGGAGUCGGAUACUAUUGCGUAGGGUGGGGGUUUUGGUUGUACGUUUCUCUUUUCUUGCGACUUGUAUAUCCUUUGUUUUGGAUUGACUUUUCGAUAAGUGUCGGAUACCCAUAACUACCUGAGCAUGAGCGGUAAAUGAUUGACAUGAUGCAUUCCUUAUGACCUUUUCAAUAGAAUUUAUUUUUACAAGGACAUUUCGACAAGUUCUCCCAUGGUGUGUUUUCAUAUCUGAUUUGAUGUUCUGAGGUCAUGUCAUUGCAUUGGUGAAGACAUUUGAUAGUAUAAUUCGUCACUGAGGGACAUCGCAACAGCUUGACGUCGAGAUGGAGCUACCGCUGCAUAGUAGUCUGUGAGCAUUUAGGUGUAUCAAGACGUGUGGAAAUAGACAUAGAUGAG